UCCCGGAUGUGCUCUUUUCCCUGUUCAACAUGGCGCUGGGAAAGUAAGCGACUUCUGCUAAUGUCAGACAGUUUCCCCAAACUUCUCCCGCUCAUGCUCCACUAGGCCCGGGAAAGUUCAGAGAGUCCCCUGCGAGGCAGCGGAAAGCGUUUCCCCGUGUCUUUCUGGCGUCACAGCGCUGAAACCGGAGGAAUGCGACACGCUUCGUGUUUCCGAGCCCACGGCCGCUCCGCUCGCUUCCGCCGCUUCCGCGGUUAAUGUCGCUGGAUUCCUCCGCGGAUCCGGUGCUGGUUCGCUGGACUCGGUUCUGCUUCAUGAUCUGAUGCUAGCUUGCAGCCGUUGCCACCAUGUUUGCCAAAAAGAAGAAGUCUCGAAUCCAGAUCUCUGCUCCGUCCAACUUUGAGCAUCGUGUUCAUACGGACUUUGACGAGCAGGAGCAGAAGUUCGUCGGGUUGCCGCGCCAAUGGCAGUCCCUCAUCGAAGACACGGCCAAGAGGCCAAAGCCUUUCAUCGACGCGACGGUCAUCACUACCGUAGAACCGCGAAAGACGAUCGUACGAGGCACGAAGCUGGGAGCAGACGGCUCUUUAACGUGGCUGCUGGACGAGUUCGACACCAUGUCCGUGACCCGAUCGAACUCCCUGCGGCGAGGCAGCCCCCCCACUCAGCCCCGCAGGGAGUCCAGCUCUGCAGGCGGAGAGCAGGAGAACGGCGACCCCCGACACCGGCACCACACACACCCAGACAGGGACAGACUGAGGCAGGACCAUCCGGGCGGAGGGGACCCGCAGCACGGGCCGCGUGGCGUCCAGCCCCGGGACGAGGGCGUGCAGGGCCGGCCCCAGCAGCAGCCGAGGGGCCAGGAGCCCAGCAGGGCCUACAGGGAGCGGUCCGGGUCGGGACAGCAGCCUCGCAGAGACCCCCGGGACCAGGACCAGGUGAUCCGCCGGGACCAAGCCGGCGAGCAGCGGCCCAAGUCCAGCUAUGCGGCGCGUGACGGCAGCCCCACGUCUCCGAGGGACAAGAGGCCGCUGUCGGGACCCAACAUCCGGACGCCCAACCUGCCGGUGACCGACGGCGUGAUGAAGACGGCCCAGCAGAACACGCGACCGUUCAACACGUACCCGAGGACGGACAGCGACGGAGGACGCAGUCCGACGGGACAGGUGGUGCGACACCAAGAGUCUUCCCCCCAGAACGGGCCCUCCAGCAGCUCCGCCCGGGGUUCCUCCAAGCCCCCAGUCAGCCUCCCUCAUUCCCACCAUGCAUCCCACCCCAGCCUGACCCCGGACUCCUCCCAGCUGCCACACGCCCCCCACCCCAACGUGCCGGCCCCGCGGCCCCCCGUGCCCGCUGUGGCUCCUGGGCCGGGCGCGGCGCCGCAGGGCCGCUCCCCGCAGCGGGAGCCCCAGAGGGUUUCCCACGAGCAGUUCAGAGCGGCGCUGCAGCUGGUGGUGGACCCCGGCGACCCGCGGACCUACCUGGACCACUACAUCAAGAUCGGCGAGGGAUCCACGGGAAUCGUGUGCAUCGCCACAGUGAAGACGACGGGGAAGCUGGUGGCCGUGAAGAAGAUGGACCUGAGGAAGCAGCAGCGCAGGGAGCUUCUCUUCAACGAGGUGGUGAUCAUGCGGGACUAUCACCAUGACAACGUGGUGGAGAUGUACAACAGCUACCUGGUGGGCGACGAACUCUGGGUGGUGAUGGAGUUCCUGGAGGGCGGAGCGCUCACCGACAUCGUGACGCACACCAGGAUGAACGAGGAGCAGAUUGCCACCGUGUGUCUGUCGGUGCUGAAGGCGCUGUCUGUGCUGCACACUCAAGGUGUGAUCCACAGAGACAUCAAGAGCGACUCCAUCCUGCUGACUCAUGAUGGCCGGGUGAAGCUGUCAGACUUUGGCUUCUGCGCUCAGGUUUCUAAGGAAGUCCAGCGGAGGAAAUCUCUGGUCGGAACGCCAUACUGGAUGGCACCAGAGCUCAUAUCCAGGCUGCCGUACGGACCAGAGGUCGACAUCUGGUCUCUGGGCAUCAUGGUGAUAGAGAUGGUGGACGGCGAGCCGCCGUACUUCAACGAGCCGCCGCUCAAAGCCAUGAAGAUGAUUCGAGACAACCAGCCGCCCAAACUGAAGAACCUGCACAAGGUGUCCCCUCUCCUCAAAGGCUUCCUGGACCGGAUGCUGGUGCGUGAGCCGGCCCAGAGGGCGACGGCCAGCGAGCUCCUGAAGCACCAGUUCCUGUCCAAGGCCGGCCCGCCGUCCUGCAUCGUCCCCCUGAUGCGGCAGAACAGGAUGAGAUGAAGCGCGGCGCUCCACACCUCCGGGGCUGUGAAGGCGACUCUGGCGGAUCAGAAUCCUCCCGCACCGGGAGCCCAGGCUGUGCGGGAGGAUUCUCCUCGUCCGGCGUGAGUCACUGAACUGUGGGGAGCGCGCUCCCCGAAUCAGAGGCAAUAACGACGAAUGCGUGGGUGAAUGAGUGCGAUACCGUGUGUUUCUGGACGCAGUAAAUGGCUCUUUUUUCUUUCUGUUUUUUUUGUUUUGUUUUGUUUGGCGUACAGCCGGGUUUGAAGGAGUCGGUGACGGUCGAAGUAACUUUUUAAAUCUCUUACUGACAAUCUGCAAACGUUUCCACUACAGACUCUGAUCCCGACCUCUGGACCCCUGAACUUCCCACCGACAGCGGCGACCUUGGGACUCGGACUGUAUUUUGUAGCCAUAAUUAUCCUCGCUUCCUGUUGUAAACGAGCAAAAACACACUAAGUGAACAUGUAAACACUGGAGUCAUGGUAGCAGAGGACUUUUGUUUCUUCCACUUAUUUCCUAAUAUUCCUGUGUAAAAACGGUGAACAUAGAGAAAGCGUUGAUAAUUUACCGUCUCUGUUUUUGUGAUUGUUGUAUUUUGUUUAUUACGAUGCAAAAGCACAAAAUCUUACCAAAUAUUUUUGCGUAGUUUGAAGCGCAAAUAUUUCAAUACAUUUGAAAUGAGACAAACUAACUCUAUGAAAUAAUCUCCCAGUAGAAUUGGUACAUUUUCAUAAAUAUGAAGAAAUUAUUAAGUUAAAUAAAUGCCAAUCCCACUUUACAAUAAGGCCAGUAAUUCAUAGCUAUGUCAUUAAUUCAUUUAAGCUCUUUAUAAAUCGUUAAUAACUGUUGAUUAUGCAUUAAUUAUUAUCUAGACUUGUUGUACUGAAUAUUUCAGAGUAUUUUGUAAGAACAAUAAGCAUUUGCAAAUGUAUUUUUGGCUUAAUGUCUCCUCAUUCUUAAUACAACAGUUAUUGAUGAUUUAAGUGUUUAUAGAUGAAUGAAUAACAUAUUUAUGAGCUAUUUAUUAGCCAUCUUUAAAGGGAGCGCUAAGUGAUGCACAAGCUCCCGUAUUUUGCUGUAAAGUUGCUUAAAAGUUGUUUUCUCUUAUUUCAAGUGUAAUAAGAUAUUUUCUCUAGAAACUCUCCAGAAAGACUUGGUGAGGUUUUGAGUUUUUUCAGUGUACAGAGUGAAACGUAUCGAGCACUGGCGAUGAGCUGCACAGGAGCUGCAGCUGCACAGGAGCUGCAGCUGCACAGGAGCUGCAGCUGCUGCAGCUCGUUCCUGCAACACUAAACCCUUUAGAAGAGACGCUACGGAGCAUUAACCAAUCAGCACACAGUCCCAUAACACCAGGUCAAAUUUUAUUUCUUUGUUUUAAUAACUGUAGCAUUUUUUAGAACAAUAGGCUUUACUUUGUUUGAUUUUUUUAAAAUAUAUUUAAUUUUUUCACUGUAGAAAAUGAACUAAAAAACUGAAACUUCUUGA